AUGUCCUCACUACCGCGCUCUUCGCACGUCCCAGCAUGGAAGAAACUAGGACUCGAGCUAAAAUUCGCCAAAGAAGUGUCACAUGGCACUGAUAGUGAUAAGGGAACGGAUAACGGUGCCGUUGGUAAAGGCGACACUACUCAGGUCAAGAAAAGGAAAUCGACAUCCCAGCAAACGGACAAGGUCAAGUCCAAAAAGCAGAAGCGCGAGAAUGGAUUAUACAAAAACGAUUGCUCUGGCGUCGAGGCCUCUGAGCAAAGCGAAAAGCAGGAAACCAAAGAAUCCGCCCCAGUUGUAACGAAGCUAGCCGAUGUCAAGGCGCAUAAAAAGACUGAAUCCAAACGUUCUUCGCGCAAGUCCGUCUCGUUUGCAGAAGGCACAAAAGAGUCAGACGGCGCGCCAGAGUCGGAGCCUCCCUCCGAGCCUGAACAACCUCCUCUCACAGCCGAACAGAAGAGAGCAGAGAAGAGACGGAAACGAGAGCAACGGGCCAAGAAGCGUACACAACACGAUCCGGAGCCUACAACUCCGCCCACGCCAUCAGAUCGACUUUUGAGCUAUCUUCAAACCUACCACACCUCCCGAUCAGAAUGGAAAUUCCAAAAGAAUCGAGAAACCGCGAUUCUCAAAAAUGCGUUCUCCGUGGACCGGAUACCGACGAGCUAUAACGCGGCGUUGAGCGCGUAUCUCUCAAGCUUGAAGAGCACAGCUGCCAAAGCACGAGUUGCGCAGUCGGCCAAGGAGGCGAUUCAAGCGGAUGUGGACGAUAAGGAGCUUCAAGAUGAAAAGUACCAGCAGGCUGUCAUCUCGUUCAAAACGAGACUCGCUGAACUGGGUCAGGAUAUAACCACAGCUGAAACCGACGGGCAUCAAAACACUUUGGAUGAAGCGCACCAAAAGAAAUUUGCGAAGAGGCAACGAGCAGAACUGAUUUAUUAUGCAGUAAAGCUAGGGACUGCAAUAAUAGAAGAUGAUACAAGCAGCAGCAGCAGCAGCAGUAGCAGCAGUGAAAGCGAAAGUGACAGUGACAGUGACAGUGAUAGCGAUAGCGAUAGCAAUAGCAGCGAUUCUUCGAGUUCAGGCAUCAAUCAGGGCACGUCAAAUGGAGCCGCGGUCCAGUCAAAGAAGCCUUCCGGUGCAUCGACCUCCUCUUCAUCCGAAUCCGAUUCGGAUGCCUCUAAUCCAGACACUACCUCUGAUUCAAGUUCAGGUAUUUAG